UAACGAACGCGUCGGGUGCACGUUGGCGACCUAAAAGGGACGUGCCACAUAUCGUGCAACGACACAUUCACAAGUUGCAGCACGCAGGGUCGUUUCAUUGCCUCUAACUAGGAAGAUGAAGGCUCGUGUUGAAGAUCGCGUCAUCUACUCUCCCUAUGGAAACAUCGAAAUUCCGGUGUGUUCUUUCUACACUCUCGUAAGACAAAGGUUGCUUGUGAACCCCGACAAGAUUGCCCUGGUUAACGACGUCGUCAGCCUCACACGUGCUGAGAUGCUGGCUGGCAUGGAACGCUACGCCGUGGGUUUCCGACAGCAUGGCGUGCUUCCAGGAGACCGGAUCUGUAUUCACCUGGAUAACGGAGUGGAAAAUCUAUUAGCAAUGUAUGGCUGCAUCCUAGCUGGAGCGUCCAUUGUUUUAGCCAAGACGUCGCUGACAGAAAGAGAACUCCGCUACCAGGCAGAAGACGGCGAUUGCACGCAUGUCAUCACCGACGAGCAGUAUACAACAAAGGUCAACGCUGCAGUUGCAAACUUGAAUAUGAAGGCCCUCUUCUGCAUGGGUCGUGCAUCUGGCUUCGUGUCGGCUUCCCAGUUUUCGAAGCUUGACGAGAAAGACUUCCACGAGUGCCCCAUUGCAGACCCUAAGAAGACCUUGCUAGCGCUGUGCUACACGUCCGGAUCCACAGGGCUACCGAAGGGCGCUGAGAUCACGCACUACAACUAUGUGGCUGCCUUCUAUUCGAUGAGGUUAAGCAUGCCGUGGGGUGAAGGAGACAUCUUGUUGGGUUUGCUGCCGAUUACACACAUAUCAGGCAUGGCGUACACAAUGAUGGCUAUUCUGGAGGGAGCUUGUUGCGCUCACGUCUCAGCCAAGCUGACCCCUACGGAAAUCCUGGACACAGUCGACAAGUACAAGCCAACGGCGGCGCUCUUCUUCCCUUCCCUGCUCCAAGCUAUUGUGCGUGUGAUGCGGCGCACAGGACGGGAUCUGCCAAGCAUGCGAGCGAUCACGGUUGGUGGCAGCGUGCUCACGGCUGCAACAGCCGAGGCAGUGCAUGGAUGUUUCAGUGGUCUCAAGGUACUGCAGAAGGUCUACGGAAUGACAGAAUCGUGUGCCCUUGCCACUUGUCAAUCAAAGACAGGCGAGCCCCACAACACUGCUGAUGUUGGUGUUCCCCUAAGCAAUUUCCAGAUAAAGGUUGUGGAUGUGCAUACGCGGCAAAAGCUGGGUCCCCACCAGACCGGCGAGAUCUGUUACCGCUCACCGACUAUGGUGAGGGGCUAUCACAAGCGACCAAAGCAAAGCGCCGAGCUCUUCGACGAAGAGGGCUGGUGUAUCUCGGGUGAUGCAGGCUACUAUGAUGAGAACGGCCGCCUGUACAUCGUCGAGCGGCUGAAACAGCUGAUAAAGUGCAUGGACAACCAGGUCGUCCCCGCAGAGUUAGAAGAACUGCUACUCCGUCAGCAUGCGGAAGAAAUCGCCGAGGUUUCCGUGGUGGGCCUUCCGCACUCUGACUAUGGCGAGGCACCUGCGGCUGCCAUUGUGCCCUCGGAAGUGGGCAGCAGGCACGACCUGCUGACUCUCGCCGAAAGGAUCAAGGCCACUGUUGCCAGUAACCUUGCUGUGCACAAGCACCUGUAUGGGGGUGUUUAUUUUGUGGACUCGUUUCCAAAGACGGAGACGGCAAAAGUCAACAGACCAGCACUGGCCCGCUCUCUACUGAGAAGCUAGCCCGUUCUCCCACGAAUAAAAUUUUCUGUGGCUCAAA